UUGUCAAAAGUGUAGCGCAUCGAUAGAGUCGAUCAAAAACACAAAAUAUUCUCUUAUCUAAUCUAACGCGGUUGAUAAAAUUUGUGGUGUGAUGUGGUGUGGUUUCAUACCGCCACAAACAGUUAAUUUCGCAUAUUCACCAAAAGCAGCUGUGUGACAAAAUGUUUUGGAAGAGCUCGAAGGAAAAAAAUCCGAAAGAUUCCAAGGAGUGCAAUGCCGUGGUGCUUCAGGAUCCGCGCAUGAAAGUACGUACUGCUACUGCGCAAUCGGAGACUACAAAUACGACCGAACAAAGUGCAACCAUUUACGACAAUGAACGCAACAAAAUAACACAGCGAACUGUGCGACAAACGGUGACGCAUCAGCAAACAGCUGGCGUCACCGAAAUUUCUAUACGCCGUACACCGACCAAAGAGGAAUUGGAUGAACUGCUAAAUAUAACCGGAGCUAAUGCUACCUUUUUUAAAUCUUCAACACCUUGGACUAAACAAGAGACUACCGUCACCCAAACAAACGGUCACACUCAAACCUCUUUUGUACAACAACAGCGCACAAAAUUUAAUCAAACAGGCACAGCAGCGAAGAUGACAACAACGACGGCGAUGGCGACGACAAUGAAGCCAGGUGCAGCAUGGAAAGAUUUCGCCAACAGUAAUCCGACUUUUACCAAUUACACCGACAACUAUCGGACACUCUCGCCACUCAGGGCACUGCCACCAGUUACAACUUCAAUGGCUUCCAUCAAGUCUCCCUUGAGCAAAACAACUACCAGCGCCAAUUCAUCAACUAUCAACAGCUCUCUUUUGGGUAAAACAACUCGCAAUGCAACAACAACUGCCACUGGCGUAUACCCCUCCUCGCUGGUUAAUUCUAACCGUAGCCCAAAGAGCAUCAACAGUAAUUAUACGGCCUCGAUUGGCCCCGCAAGCCCCUCUGUUAGAGCAGUCACAAGCGCAGCCACUAAAAACUUUGCCGUGAGUCGAACACCACUUUCCAGUGCAAAAACAACACCUUCGUUGACGACGACAACAACAGGCUAUGUCUCACCCUAUGCCAAUCGUGCACGUGGACCUUUAGCUUCAGCCUAUACUUCGGUAUAUGCAAAUCCUUCAACCGCAUCGAAUACUACAUAUCAAAGGCAUACAUCAGCCGAUGCGAAUCCGACAGCAACAACAACAACUAGACAACAAAGGGCAAUAACAAACCCAACAUCGCAAAAUAUCAGCUAUACGUCAUCGACACAGCCUCAGACUCAGCCUCAGAAAACACUAAGCGCUGGCGGGAUCGGUAAGAAGUCGAAACUAAAACCUGGCUAUGCCGUCAUUUUCAAUUCUGUGGACUUCAACGAUAAGGAGCGUUUCGAGAAACGUGAUGGUAGCGACUAUGAUGCGAAGCUUAUAUGUGAGACUUUCAAGAAAUAUAAAUUAAAUGUGAACACCAUCAAGAAUCCAACCGUGAAAAAGAUCAAGGAUGUUGUGAAAUCCUUAACACAAAAGGAUUACACCAAUUAUUCCUGUCUAAUAAUUGCCAUUCUAAGUCAUGGUAGCGCUCAUGAUUCGGUAGCGGCCAGCGAUGGAGAAUAUAACGUUGACGAAGCAAUGCUGCAUCCCAUACUGGAUGUACCAAGUCUCAAGGAGAAGCCGAAAAUAUUCAUUAUACAAGCCUGCAAGGGUGCACUUGUACCAGGUGAAUAUAAGACAGAUGCUUCUAUGCCACGUGGAUCUCCCAGUGAAAUACUCAAAUGUUACAGUACCUUUGAAGGUUAUGUCUCGUACCGCACCGAGAAGGGCAGCCCAUUUGUCCAGGCCUUAUGCGAUGAAAUAAAGCUUAAAGGACAAUAUACAGAUAUAGAACAUCUUAUGAAGAAUGCCAUAGAAACCGUAAAAAUUCAAACACGCUCAAAUCAAAUUCCAUGCAUGACUACUAAUCUUACGAAACCAUUCAUUUUUGGAGAUUAUUUAUAAAGUUUAUUUUGUUUACUAAAUAUUUGUAUCAUUAGUGUUUUUGUACCGAUAAUUUAUUCAAAUAAUAUGCACUAUGAACUUUUAUAAAAAUUCUAUGCGAAAAUUAUAUAUUAUAU